AUGGGCCCCAACGAUGACCCCGAGGCGUUCCUGGCCCAGCAUGCAACGCUCCAUCUCAAUCCAGAGGGCAGCCAACCCGUCCAGCUCAGCGCUGUCCACGGGCAGCGCCUCUGGGUGCAAGAGCCCUGUGACAAUCUGUGCAAAGCAGCCACUGCCUCCAAGCUUCCGGCAAGCCAGCGCGGCAAGUGCGUGGAGACCAUCGGGAUCUACACCUGUGAUUGCUACCCUGGCUUCUCCGGGCCGGAGUGUGAACACGAAAUUACCGACCUGAUGGUGAAUCAAACCCCAGCCAGUGUCAGUGAUUUGGAAGGCUCAGAACUUACCAUGAAUUGUACAUUCAAGACAGUCAAUAACCACAGCCCCAUGUAUGUGCGAUGGUAUAACUAUGGGACCGAGGGACUAAAGCAAGAGCUGGUGAAUGAGAGUGAUGUGAUUACAACCCUGCAUUUGGACAAUGGGUUUGCCUCUCUCACUUUGAAGAAUGCGAAUUCAUCUAAUACAGGAACCUACGUGUGUGAGGUGGGGAUCACAGCAAGGAACCUGUCUGUGUCAGGAGCUGGAACCCAGGUGACCAUCACUCCUGUCAAUCGGACAAUAUGGUGAUCAGCUGUUACAGCGUACACCUGGAGAUGGAGCUCUCAGACACCUGUUACCCCGGCAUUCCCCACAAACACCGUGCUGACUAUCUUGCCUGCCAGAUUCUGCACCUGCAAAUAAACCUUGAACUGAAUGGAAGGGAGGGGAGGGGAUACUGGAUAAUUGGAAGGGAGUUCACAGGUGUUCAGAAUAAAAAGACUCCUCUCUGACACCCUGCUUUGAGGCAGCAGAACCCGGUGAUCGGUGGUGGCUUAGGCAGUCUCAGUGGCAUCUGAGCCAUAGGAAAAUAUGAGACGAACAUUUAUGUUACCUAAAGAUUCCCCAUUGUGCUACCUAGCAAUCACUUUAGAGCAGGGGAGCGGAAAUUAUGGUCCGUGGGCCAGAUCUGGCCGGCGGGAUUGCCAGCCUGAUCGCACAGCAGGGCUAAGGCAGGCUGCCUACCUGCCCUGGCCCCACACCGCUCCCGGAAGCAGCCGGCACCACUUUGCUGCAGCCCGUGGGGGGUGGGG